CUGAACCCGCCCAGGGAGCCGUCUUGGUGCUUCUGGGGCUGACGCGACAGCCCAGACAGAGUGAGCCGGCCGUGCCACCUGCAGUGCUGGCUAUUGCUUUUUAUUUACUAGGGAACACCGUUUCCCGGCAGGAGAGGCCGGGAGCGUGCAGGCGGCGCGCGCGUGCGCGCGCGCGCGCACACACACACACAUACACACACACACACACACACACGCACUCACUGACACAAACGCUAGCGCGCUUGGUCUCCACUACCACAGCGCAAGUCGGCAGAGCGAAGCUGCUGCAGUUUAUCUUCACCCCGUCUUCGUGGGGCGAAGCAGAGCCAUUGUGCAUCGGGGAGAGCCCGGUGCCUGCGCUGCUGCCUCGGGUACAAAACCAAGCAGACCGCUCACCCCACCGGCUGGAAUGCUUGCUGAUCCCUCUGUAGACUUCUAAGCCCGAGAGCCUGAGGACCCCAGCUGGAGAAUGCCGUCUGAACGUUGCCUCAGUAUUCAAGAAAUGCUGACAGGGCAGAGGCUCUGCCACUCAGAAUCUCAUAAUGACAGUGUCCUGGCAGCGCUGAAUCAGCAGAGAAGUGAUGGAGUCCUCUGUGAUGUCACCCUGAUUGCUGAGGAACAGAAAUUCCAUGCUCACAAGGCAGUCCUAGCUGCAUGCAGUGACUAUUUCCGGGCAAUGUUCAGCCUUUGUAUGGUAGAAAGUGGAGCUGAUGAGGUGAAUUUACAUGGUGUGACCAGCCUUGGUUUAAAGGAGGCCCUGGAGUUUGCAUACACAGGACAGAUUUUGUUGGAGCCAGGCGUGAUCCAGGAUGUGUUGGCAGCUGGCAGCCACCUACAGCUGUUGGAGCUUCUCAAUCUAUGUUCCCACUAUCUCAUCCAGGAAUUAAAUAGCUUUAAUUACUUGGAUCUGUACAGACUUGCUGACCUCUUUAACCUCACUUUGUUGGAGAAAGCAGUGAUCGAUUUCUUAGUGAAACAUCUCUCUGAACUCCUGAAGAGCCGCCCAGAAGAUGUUCUGACGCUUCCUUAUUGCCUGCUCCAGGAGGUCCUGAAGAGUGACCGGCUGACCUCCCUGAGUGAGGAGCAGAUCUGGCAGCUAGCUGUGAGGUGGUUGGAACAUAACUGCCAUUACCAGUACAUGGAUGAGCUUCUGCAGUAUAUCCGCUUUGGCCUAAUGGAUGUGGAUACUCUCCAUACAGUUGCCCUGUCACACCCCCUGGUCCAGGCAAGUGAGACUGCAACCGCCCUUGUCAACGAGGCCCUGGAAUACCACCAGAGCAUCUAUGCACAGCCUGUCUGGCAGACCUGCAGGACUAAACCACGCUUCCAGUCAGACACACUAUAUAUCAUUGGUGGGAAAAAGCGUGAGGUCUGUAAAGUCAAGGAACUUCGGUAUUUUAAUCCUGUGGACCAGGAGAAUGCUCUCAUAGCUGCCAUUGCCAACUGGAGUGAGCUGGCUCCCAUGCCAGUGGGGAGGAGCCAUCACUGUGUGGCAGUCAUGGGGGACUUCCUAUUUGUAGCAGGAGGGGAAGUGGAGCAUGCCAGUGGCAGAACGUGUGCAGUGAGGACUGCUUGCCGCUAUGACCCUCGUAGUAAUUCCUGGGCAGAAAUAGCACCCAUGAAAAACUGCCGGGAGCAUUUUGUAUUGGGUGCCAUGGAUGAAUACCUCUAUGCAGUUGGGGGCAGAAAUGAACUACGGCAAGUUCUGCCUACAGUUGAGCGAUACUGCCCCAAGAAGAACAAAUGGACUUUUGUGCAGUCCUUUGACAGAUCCCUUUCAUGUCAUGCUGGAUAUGUGGCUGAUGGUCUUCUUUGGAUAUCAGGUGGAGUAACUAACACAGCACAGUAUCAGAACAGAUUAAUGGUGUAUGAAUCUAACCAGAAUAAGUGGAUAACCCGCAGCCCCAUGCUGCAGAGAAGGGUCUACCAUUCCAUGGCUGCUGUCCAAAGGAAGCUUUAUGUUCUUGGAGGCAAUGACCUUGACUACAAUAAUGACCGGAUCCUUGUGCGUCAUAUAGAUUCUUAUAACAUUGACACUGACCAGUGGACACGUUGUAAUUUCAAUCUGUUGACUGGCCAGAAUGAAUCUGGAGUUGCUGUCCAUAAUGGGAGAAUAUAUUUAGUUGGCGGAUAUUCAAUUUGGACAAAUGAGCCUCUGGCUUGUAUCCAGAUUAUGUCCAUACUGGCACAGGAUCAUCACUUAGAGAUAUUUGAGGUAUUAGAUGUAAGCAGAGAGGGCAAAGAAGAAGUAUUCUAUGGACCUACGCUCCCUUUUGCUUCCAAUGGAAUUGCAGCAUGCUUCCUUCCAGCCCCUUAUUUCACAUGCCCUAACCUUCAAACUCUUCAAGUGCCUCAUCACAGGAUUGGCACCAUCUGAAAAGCCACUGCUCUGUUAAUAACCCUCAUGACCAGAGGGAAAAACAAAGACCCGACUUUUGGAUUCUGGGCAUGAACAGCCUCUGUGCUCAAUGCUUCCUUGUCUUGUUUUAUAGGUCUUAUAUUCAGAUAAAUAUUAGCAAAAAAAUUGAACAAUUUUCUAAAAUAAUUAUUGAAAACUCUUGUCACUCUUCUCAGUGUAUGUCAACAUACAAUAUGUAUGACUUUUACUGUGGUGUAGCUUAGUACCAACUUAAUGGUACAUUACUGUACCACGAGUGUUUAAAACAUUCUUUGUAUACUCUUUCUAAUUAGUGCUAUCUAGGACAACCUGACAUUGUUCAUAAAACAAUUUAUUUCACUAAAUGGCAUCAAUGAUCUUAAAAUCUUCAUAUGUAUUCCCUUUCCUAAUUAAACAUGGGUUUGUAAUUUUUCUUUUUAAAUUUUAACAUUAUCCAGCCUUGCUCAGCAGAGAUUCAGAAUUAUGACAACGUAAAUUUUUAAGUGCCAUAUUUUUUUCAAGGUGAGAGGAAUAACAGGAGUACACUGGAACAACAGUUGGAAUACCCGUAUUUUUGCUUUGGUUACUCUAACCUUCAGCCAGACUUUUACUUCAUAGUGCUUCAGUUUUCCCAUCUUUUAAGGGGGAUAAUUAUUGAUUUCCAUAUUAAUUCAAAAGAAUGGUGUGAGGAUUAGGUAAAUGUGCUAACUUUGCUUACUUAAAAAGUUAUUAAAUUAUGAGGUAUUUUACUCUCUUGAGAACCCUAUAAUUGAACUAGGAGAUUAUUUUUAAGAGUAGAAAUUAUUAGUUGGAAAACAUGCUGUGGGAUUUUGAAAAGCAUGUGAAAAAGCCACAUCUUACCUAAGCAGGAAAAGGGCAUUUAGCAACAUCACAGACACCUAAAUUCGUAUAAAUCCUUGGUCAAAUAAAAAUAAUUCUCUUAAAUAUCUCAUUUUAAGUCACUGAGUGAAAAAUAACAUUUUAAAACUUUAGAAAGUUGUACUAAUUAUGGUAACAAAAAGUGCUUAGACAUAAAUUUGAACGUAGAAUUGGCAGUUCUAAUAAAAGUUUUCCACUUUGUUUUAAAGGUUAUGUCAAUCUUGAGUGCUUGUGGGGUUCUUCAUUACCACAAUACAUAUUUUAUUACUGGCACUUUUAAUAAUACAUAAGAAUUCUUUUUUAGGGUUGGUUUUGGGGUUUGCUUUAUCUAAAACAAUAAAUAAAACAACUUCGUAAGCACAUUUGAACAUACAUUCAGUAAGCAUGAUAUAGGUUUCUUUUUUCCAAUCUCACCAGGACCUAAGGUCAUCUUUAUUAAAAGGAAGACUACUUUUGCCUUUUCCUCAGCAGUUUACUCAUUCAGGAAUCCCUCCCUAAUAGGAAAUAUCAUUUUAUGCAUGUAACCAUUUUUAGUAAUCAAAGGUGAAUGAAAAUAAAAUCUUUUUGUCUUAAAUUUACUUUAAAAUAUAAAUUACUAGAAUUUAAAUAUAAAUUAUUAGAAUUUACUUUAAAAUAUAAUUGACUUAUUCAGAUUAAAGAGGAAGAGGUACUAAAGGUAAGGAAAGAAAGAUUUAAAAAAGAACAAAUGUAGACAAAAACCUUAGGAGCUGAACAGUGAAAAUGGUAUUGGUAACUGAUAUUUAGAAUCAUAACUGCUUCUUUAAAAGGUACAUAAGCCAUCUGAAUUUUAAAAUGUCUUAGCAAGUCAGGGAAAUGGACUCAAGCUUCUUUCUUGCCAUUUUAUCUUAUAAAAACCAUUAAAGUCUAUUUGUAUUCACAGACCUACAUCCAAUGAAUGAAAGGAAAACAGUCUAAAAAUAAGCUUGCCUGAUUGUUAAUGGAAAGGUAGACCGAGACUAUCCUUGAUUAUUUCUGGGUAGAUUUCUGACUAUUCAUAUAAAACAAAUCAGCAUAUAUUAUCAAAUCCCCCUCUGGUGAUCUUUAUAAUGUAUUAUUCACUUCUAUUACAGAAUUGAGCUCACAAUUUUAUGAAGUUUUGCAUAGGGUUCAAACACAUUCUUUAUAGUUAUAACAAAAGAGUAGCAUCAAAAGUACGAUGUUCCUCUCCUAAAGAGAACAAAACUCAGAUGACUUAUAACUAGAACUUUUCCUCAAAUUUAUCAGAGAAAAAAUUUUAUAGACUUUAUUUGUUCAUAUAAGUGAAAUACCAUUGAAACUAUUGCAAACAUAUAUUUCUGUUUAAGUGAAAUACCCACUUCAUUGUAAUUUCUAUAGAAAACCUUAAGGAUUCCAACUAUUUAAUUAUUACUUCAAGAUUUUACUUAAAAAAAAGAAAACAAAAAGUAGUUCCACAUGGACCUUAGUAAUCUUGCUAAGGGAGGAAAACCCAAUUAAGAUGUAACUCUCCACACAGUAUAUGUGCAAAAUGCAAUAAAAUUCCUUACAAAUUUAAAAAAUGCCAUUUAGAUUAUCAUCAGGGUACUUUUCAUACUUUUUUCUCCAUGUUUUCCUCAUAUGUCAAGUAUACAUAUAUUGUAUCCACAUCAGCUACAGCAAAGGUGAAGCAUUCUAUCGUUUUACUACAAAUUAUAAGAGCAUCAAAUUAUUCUUCCAGGUAACAUGGCUUUUUUUUUUUUUCAGUAGUAAACCUUUUUUUUUUUUGGUACCGGGGAUCGAACUCAGGUCUUUGCGCUUGCACAGCAGGUGACGAAACCACUGAGAUAAAUCCCCAGCCCAACAGUUAACCUUUUACAAAAAAGUUAAGUAAUCAUGGGCACAAUGUAAUGGUCUAAAAUAUAUACAUCUUUCAAUAUAUAUAUGUAUAUACGUAUACCUUUAUUCUGUGUCAAAUAACUUAUAAAUGCUACAUAUAAAAUAAGAAUGCCCAGAAUAUUUCUAGAAGCACAAUUCACAAAUGCAAUAAAUUGGAUAUAUAUUUUUUUUUUGGUACAGGGGACUGAACUCAAGGCAGGUGCACUUGCAAGGCAGGUGUGGUGCCACUGAGCUAAAUCCCUGGCCCCACUGGAUACUUUUAAGUACAUCUAAAGUUCUAAUAAAUAGAAAAUGGCCAAUUACAAUCAUUUGGUAAUGCUUUUGGUAAACAUAUCAUAUAGGUUAUCACAAGGUAAAAAUACAACUAUCUAACUAUGUGAAAGAAUAUGCUAUUUUGGUAGCUCCCUAAAUUUAACCAAAUAAAGUAUGUUAUUUAUACAGUCACGUGACAAGGCAAUAUUUUUAACUAUAGAAAUCAUAGGCAGAAAAUGUUUUUGGCACAUGUAGAUUUAUGUAAAAAAAUAAUCUACCAACCAAACAGCAGUGGCUUAGUGCAGACAAUUCAACUUUUGGUGAGGUAUCUAGGGUAUUUACCUUUUAUCUUUGAAAUACAAGUACUUAUAGCAUGUAGGCUUUAGGGAGGGUAGAUUUCCUAAAGGCCUUUCCAAAAUGCAGAAACUCAGAAUUUUAUAAAAUACAUAAUUGUUAACUGUUAAAUGUUCUGUGAGAGUACAUACCAACAGGCCCAUGUGAUUCUUGUCAGGCAAACAUCACAGAAUAUACUUAUACAAACCUAGAGGGUGGGUAUAAGUCUCUCAUUCAGUGUGGCCUCUUGAUGUUGAAGAACUAUGAUAAACAUUAGAUGUAUGAGGCUGCUGCCAGAGUAACAAAACAUACUGUUUUAUAGUAAACUUCUUUUAUAAGUAGGAGCAUUUUUAAACGAUAAAAAGUGUAGUAAAUACAAACAUCAGUAAUAUAGUUAUUAAGCAUUAUACAUUAUACAUAAUUGUAUAUGCUAUACUUUUAUGACUGGUGGAAUAGGUUUCUUUACACUACCAUCCCUGCACACUUGAGUAAUGUGCUGGCUAUGACAAUACAAGAGCUAUGUCUCUAGGCAACAGCAACUUUUUAAUUCUAUUAUAACCUUAUGAGAUCACCUUGGUACAUGUGGUCUAUCACUGACCGAAAUGUCAUUAUGCAGCAUAUGACUAUAUGGUUAAGAAGAGAAAAUAUAGUAGGGAUAAAGACAUAAGAGUGUUAAACUACAAAAUUCUUCUAAUGCACAUGAACUCAAUACUGAACGAUUUUUGCAUAGACUGUAUUUUUCCUCCCCCAUGGAAACUUUCUAAUUGUUAAAUUGAAAUUUAAAUCAUUAGCAGAUCUUAAUGUCUAAUAAAGUGUUUUUCAUCAUUUU